AUGGCCAAUGGAGAUUCGGGCUCUUCUGUGAUUCGGGCAUGGUUCCCACUGGAUACAAUACAUGAAUGGAUCCUCGCCACAGUCGAGGCAAAUCAAUCCGACAACACUGAAGAACUCUUGGACAUUCUCAAAGAGGGUGGGGUUUCUGGAAACAACAAUGGUAAAGAUGAAAUCGAUCCGACAUCCAAAUGGACCAGAGCAAUUAAGCGAAUGGGAUAA